AUGGCGGAGCUGGAAACGCAGGUGGGGGCGGAGCGGGCGAGGGUUGGGGCGGCGGAAGGGGAGAUGAGGGCGCUGAAUGCGCAACUGGCGGAGCUAGAAGCGCAGCUGGGGGCGCAGCGGGCGAAGGCGGACGAGGCAGAGCGAGCAAUGGGGGAACUCGAUUCGAAGCUGGGGCUGCAGAGGGAGAGGGGCGGGGAGGCAGAAGGGGAGGUGAAGGAACUAGAGGCCAAAUUAGGCCAGCAGAGGGAACGCGCGGAGGCUGCAGAGAGAGAGCUUGAAGAGGUUAGAUCCGAGCUUGGGCAGGUGGGACAGCUGAGGGAACAGGUAGAAGAGGCAGAGAGAGAGGUCAGGGAGCUGGAAGGGAAGCUGGAGAGGCAGAAGGUGCGGGCGGAGGAGGCGGAGGGGGCGGCGAGGCGCGUGGCGGAGGAGAUGGGCGCGGAACUGGCGGGCAUGCGCGAGCGGAUGGUGGAGUACGUGAUGGGGCGCAAGACCGCGGAGCACAGGGAGAGAGAGGCGAGUGCGCGGGGGGAGGAGGAGAGGGGGAGACGGGAGGAGGCGGAGAAGCGAGUGAGGGAGCUGGAGGAGGAGGUGCGGCGAGGGAAGGAGGCGGAGGAGAGAGUGAGGGAGCUGGAAGCGAGUGUGGCGCGAGGGGCGGUUGGGAGGGGAAGUGUGGGGGGGACGGUUGGGGAGGCGAGUGUGGGCGAGGGGAAAGAGGGUGAAGGGAAGCAGGAUGCGGAGGAGAAGGGGGAGGAGGUGGUGGUGAGAGGAGAGGCGGGGGAAUCGGAGUUGGAAGAUCUGAGGGCGAAGUGUGCCCAGGCGCUGAGGCAACUGGACGACACAGCGGAGGUCCAAUCUUCAUUACCUGGAGCUGCGGCACGAGCAGACGUUCUCCACGUGACUCCGUCCCUCUCCGUCCCUCCUUCACCCCACUCUGCAGGAGCUGUCAAUGGAGGUGGCGCUGGUGGCGCAGGAGGAGUGGCGGGGGCGACAGGACGCCCUCCGUGGGCUCACAGAGGAGUGGCAGGGCUUUCCUCUCAUCCCUUGCCCCUCUUUCCUCACCACAUUCCCACCCGCCCACCCGUCCUUUGCAGGCAACUGGAGGACGCAGCAGAGGCCCAGGGAAACUUGGAACAGGAAUUGGACAACCUGUAUUUGGAGUUGCAACACGAGCAGGAGCUCUCAACGGAGGUGGCGCUGGUGGCGGAGGAGGAGUGGCGGGGGCGCCAGGAGGCCCUGCGCGCGCUCGCAGAGGCGCACAGGCAGCUUGAGGCUCUCGGCGCCCUCGGCAGCGACGCAGCUGCCGCCGCCGCCGCUGCCGCUGCCAGCGCUGGCGCUUCUGCUGCUGGUGGUGCAGGCGGGGAAUAUGAGGGGCCUGUUAUGGCGGAGAGGCAGGACAGCUUUGCGAGGCGGAGGGCAGGGGAGGCGCCCUUGCUGCCUCCGCGCCCCAAGCUCCCUGCUUCUGCUGACAGCCCCGGAGGAGAUACCUCUGCUGCUGCUGCCGACAAGUCAGGCAGAUUCUUGCAACCCCAGCAGCAGCAGCAGCAGCAGCAGGGCGAGAGCAGGGUCGAGGGCCGGGCAUCGGGCGGGUUGGGGCUGGAGCGCACGUCGUCAGACAUGCUGUCGUACGUGCACGGCGCGUCGGAGCUGCUAAAGGGGCUGGCUCGGCCGGACGAGGGCGUGAGCAUGGGCAUCAAGCUGCUGGCGCUCAAGAAGGGCCUCUCCUACAGCCGCGCCGUCUCCGAGUCUUUGCGCACCGACGCUGGCGUGGGAGCCGGCGGGUCGGGCGAAGCAGGGAGUGUGACUCCUCCUGGUUGGUCCAGUGAGGCUGGAGGGGCAGGGGCGGGGCUGGCAGGGGCAGCACUAACAGGGGCAGGGCAGGCAGGGGCAGGGCCGGCCACACACGCGUCUGCCAAGGCGGGGCGUAUAAGCCGCUCUGCCUCGCGGCGGCUGAGCGUGUCGCUGCUCUCCCCGCGCUCGGCAGUGCAGCAGCGGUGGGAGCAGCUGUCAGCGUCGCUCAUAGCAGAGCGAGAGGCGCACUCGGCGUCAGGGCCAGCCAGGUGGGGCCCCUGGCUGCACGGCCGCGGGCCCUGGUGGCCCUCUGUUUCUCCUGGCGUCCCAGGUGGUUCUCCAGGUGUUUUUCCAGGUGCUCCAGGGGUUUCGCCAGGUGGUUUGGUGGCGGGAGCGGCCGUGGGCCGGGGAGAAGCAGGGGAUGUAGUAGCAGGGGGGGCAGGUGCGGCGGCAGGGGGGCAGUCCGGGCGGCAUCGGUCGGCGUUUGUGCACGUGAUGCUACAGCUGUCUCUGCACCGAAAACCCGACCCUCCUGCUGCUGACGCUGGGGCUGCCGCAGAUGCUGACAAACAAGAUGACAGUAAACAAGGUGACAGUAAACAAGGUGACAGUAAGGAGGGCGCAGGAGCAAAAGAUCUGACCAGCACAGCAGGGGCGGCAGGAGCAGCAGGAGCAAGAGCAGGGGAAGUCAAGAAGCCGUUUCUGCAUAUCUUUGUGGGGGAGAGCGGUGCUAAGGACGAGGGGACUGGGGCAGACGCGUCAGCAGCUAAGGCAGGAGAUAAGGCAGCAGAGACUGCAGGUGCUGAGGGUAAAACACAGGAGCAGACAGAGAAGGAGCAGCAGGCAGCAAGGGAGGCAGCAGAGGAGGCAGCGGAGGAGGCAGAGGAGGAGGUUGAGAACGUGAAUGAGAUGAGCGAGGAGCGGCGGGAGAAGGAGGUCGAGGCUCUGAUGCUCCAGGCAGAGGCGCUGAGAGGCACUGUCGCGCUCUGCAUGAAGGAGUCGGCUGCUGUCAGGCAGAUGCUCAGAGAAGCAGAGAGAGAGGCGGAGCGAUACGCAGAGAGAGAGCGGGAGGAGCUGCGGGGAGGGGGAGCGGGCGCGGAGGGAGGGGACGGGGAGGUGGGGCUGGUGGCGGUGGUGAUUGCAGAGGUGGAUGAGGAGGGGAUGGGGGUGAGAGAGGGAGGAAGGGGUGGGCGGGAGAGGGGCGUGGGGGUGGGAGGCGAGGAGGGGGAGGAAGCGCUGGUGGUGGCGAUGCAAGAUGGGAUGGCGUCACCCAUGGUGCGGGAUGGCAGGCCGGGCGGCAGGAGGGCCGUUGACAAGCGCGUGGAGGCGCAGAGGGCAGCAGUGGAGGCCAAGGAAGCAGAGCUAGCGCACGUGAUGCAGCAGCUCAGGACAGUUGAUUCGCGCAUCGAGCAGCUGCUCUCUGCAGAGCCGCCCUCCCCUCCCCGCGCUGCUGCCGCCCAGAGUGGAGGCCUGUUCGCAGCCACAGGCUCUCUCUUCUCCUCUAUGAUGCCGCGUGCUUCCACCGUCUCCCUUCCUCAAGCCUCCAAAGCCCCUGUCGUGGCCAAGCCCUCGCCCCAGCCUCUUCAGUUUGCACAGUUACUCUCCCUCUCCCUCACCCCGACUGCGACGGUUCAGUCUGUUAAAAGCAGCAGCAGUACCACCACCACCAGCGCCACCACCACCGGAAGUAACACCAUUGCACUGCAGCCAACCCAGGCCGCUGCCCUCCCUGCCCCACACCCUGUCGACCUGCCACCUCAGCAUCUGCCACCUCAGCACGCACCAGCUCAGCAACAACCUCUGGUCGUGGAACUUCAGCCACUCAGCGUGCCACAUCAGCAGCAGCACCUCCAGGCCCAGGAUCUAAUUCCAUACGGGCAGCCCGUCGGGCAGCCCGGGCAGGUCCCCGUGCAGCAGGAAACUUUCUCCAGGCAGGACGAGCCGGCAUACGGGCAGGACGCAGGAUACAGGUCCGGACACAGGCUCGGGCACGGGUCGUCCGGCGGAGGUUCGCCAAGGUCGGGUUCGGGAGGGCUAGACCCAGGUUCGCCCUAUUCGGACGACUACCCGCCUUCUCUUCAAGCGGUAGAUCUGAGGUCGCCUGGGGGGCCGAUGGAUAUGUCACCCGAUUCCAUGGGGGGCUAUGAGGGGCAGGGCGGGUUCGGAUUCGGAGGGUUUGGGCUCAUGACGGAUAUUCCUUGA